AUGGCCAUUAUUCUUAACUGUAAUCUUGGAUCCUUCUUAUUUCUGUUAUUACCGUUACUCGCCCAGUUACAUCUUGGAAAAAGUGAACUUGAGUUGAAUUACUACAGCCAAAGCUGCCCAAAAGCAGAACAAAUAAUCAAGGAACAAGUUGAACAACUGUACAAAAAACAUGGAAACACAGCAAUUUCAUGGAUUAGAAACCUCUUCCAUGAUUGUGCUCUCAUAUCGUGCGAUGCAUCCUUACUACUCGACAAUGCAAACGGCAUAAUAUCCGAGAAAUCGGAGUCGAGGAGUUUCGGUAUGAGAAAUUUUAAGUACAUAAACACAAUCAAAGAGGCUCUUGAGAAGGAAUGCCCCAUGACUGUUUCUUGUGCUGACAUUAUUGCCCUCACAGCAAGAGAUGGGGUGGCUUUGUUGGGAGGGCCAUCGAUUGAUGUGAAGACGGGUCGAAGAGAUAGUAAGGAAAGCCACGCAUCGGAAAUUGAUGAUUACAUCCCUAAUCACAAUGAUAGCAUGUCAUUAGUGCUAAGCACGUUUGAAAAGAUUGGUGUUGAUACAGAAGGUCUUGUUGCUCUAUUAGGUGCGCACUCGGUUGGACGAACUCACUGCACGAACAUAGUCCAAAGACUAUACCCGACCGUGGACCCGACUUUGGACCCGAACUAUGCCGAGUACCUCAUGAAACGAUGCCCAACACCAAACCCAAACCCGAAAGCGGUCGAGUACGUGAGGAACGACCUUGAGACGCCGAUGGUGUUAGACAAUGUUUACUACAAGAACAUACUGGCCCAUAGAGGGCUCAUGCUGGUUGACCAGCGGCUGCUGUCCGACCCAAGAACGAGCCCAUUUGUGAACAAGAUGGCCCAAGAUAACGAAUAUUUUCACCAGCAGUUUUCACGGGCUUUCCUCAUUUUGUCCGAAAAUAAUCCGCUGACGGGGGACAAGGGAGAGAUCAGAAGGGAUUGCCGAUUUGUGAACUCUAAUUGA